ACCCCAAGCCGCGUCCUACGUGGUCGAGGACUACAGCAAGAAAUGGGGGUCUACAAGUCUGCAGUUCUGCUUGGUGUGGUUUUGGCCUCAGUCCUUCUCGGCUUCCUGGACGUUGUGUACGCAAGGGAGCUCACUGAAGCCAAUGGCUCUGGAGUGAAGAAUAAUGUGAAGCCUGCAGGAGAGCCUGGGCUCAAGGAUGAGAAGUGGUUUGGUGGUGGAUACAAGCAUGGUGGAGGGUAUGGAAACAACCAGCCAGGAUACGGUGGCGGAGGAAACAGCCAACCUGGAUACGGCGGCGGAGGAAACAGUCAGCCCGGAUACGGUGGAGGAUACAAGCGCCAUCACCCUGGUGGCGGCUACGGGUCUGGACAAGGAGGGCCUGGAUGUGGAUGUGGAGGAGGGUAUGGAGGUGGCAAUGGUAGUCCUGGGUACGGCGAUGACAAUGGUGGUGGCAGUGGCACUGGUGGCGGAAAUGGCAAUGCUGGUGGGUACGGAGGAGGAGGAGGCGGCGGUUAUGGAGGCGGCUACGGCAGUGGUAGUGGUACAGCACCAGGAGGCGGAUAUCAUGGCGGUGGUGGUGCACAACGCUACGCUGGGCAAAACUAGCAAGAACAACCCCUUAUGCUAGUUUAUGUUAAAUAAACGAUCCAUUGUUCAUGUGACUGAGCAAUUUAAGCAGUGAAGGAUCUUGACUCGUGUUAUUUGUGUUACCAUAUGUAUUGGUUGUUUUAUGUUUAAGAUGAAUGUACACCGCUAUUUGUAUGUCGAACUCGUUGCAUGGAGAUGAAAAAAAAAGGCACAAAAACAUCAGCAAA